AUGAGAGUAAUCACCACAAACAACAAAUCGAAUCAAGAGAAAAAACACUACUUUCAAACGUCGUCGCUAGACGCAAGAAAUAUGGCAAAAGACAGUUACGUUGACUGGAAGUUCAGCGGCAGCGAGGUGGCCAAAGAAACCUCGAUAGGCACUUACACCUCUAAACUCUUUGAUCUUGCCGUAGCAGAGUACCUAAACCGUGAUAUUCCGGUGAAACUGACAGCAGAUGACGUGUUUAUGACCGUUGGGUGCAAUCAAGCCAUCGAGCUUGCGGUUGACCUCUUGGCUAAACCAAAAGCCAACGUCCUGCUUCCCAGCCCUGGCUUCCCAUGUGACGUAGUUCGCUCCAUCAACAAGAAAUUUGAGGUUCACAAAUAUAAUUUCAUCCCCGAAAAUAACUAUGAGAUCAACCUUGAAAGCGUCCGAACACAAGUGGAUGAAAACACGAUUGCAAUAUUUAUAAUCAACCCUCACAAUCCAAAUGGGAACACCUACUCAGAAGCUCAUCUAUUGCAGAUUGCUUGUUUGGCUCGGGAACUCGGGAUAAUGGUGGUUUCUGACGAAGUUUUUAGAUGGACCGUGUUUGGGAGUAAUCCCUUUGUUCCCAUGGCGAAAUUUUCGCCGAUAGUACCCGUGAUUACAGUUGGGUCCAUAUCAAAGGGAUGGACUGUCCCCGGAUCAUGGCGAACUGGCUGGGUUUCCCUGCACGAUCCAGAUGGUGUCUUUAAAUGCACCGAGGUCUUGAGUGCUGCCAAAGAAUUUUUUGAGAUAAAUUCUAAACCACCAAUUGUUAUUCAGACGGCACUUCCUACCAUCUUGAAGGAUACUCCUAAAGAGUUCUUCGACAGGAGGCAGAGCUUUCUGAAAGACAAAGCGGAUUUGGCUUAUUCUAAGCUUAAUGUCAUACCUUCCCUUACAUGCUACAUGAAACCUGAAGCAUGCACCUUCCUAUGGACCCAGCUGGAUUUAUCAAGCUUUAUAGACAUUAAAGAUGAUGAGGACUUCUGUGAAAAGCUUGCUGCUCAAGAAAACCUUGUCCUUUUGCCGGGGGUUGCUUUUGGUCUGAGUGACUGGGCGAGGCAUUCUAUUGACAUGGAUACUCCAACUUUGGAGGAUGCCUUUGAGAGAUUGAAGAGCUUCUGUGAUCGCCAUUCGGAACGGCCCAUUCCACUAUAGGUGAGCUUACUUCACUCAAAGACGUCAACUAAAUGGGUCAAUAUGUAUCUGGACCUAAGUCCUUUUUAUAUGUGCUAUGAUAAUAAUAAAUGGGUGUUCUGUUGAUUUGAGAUACUGUAAAUCAUAAGCACUUUCGUAUUUGUAUUUGUAACAAAUAAAGUCGGUGUGCUUAUCACCAAUCAUGUAAUCUUUCUCAAGGUCUUUCAAUAUUUUGAUGUAUUUCUACUUUUAGAAAUGAAGUGAAGAAAUUUUAAUUUCUUUUCACUUCUGAAUAACAUGGAUUCUGGUUUGAA